AUGAACAUGCUUUGUAUGUUUCGUGGUAAGCCAGUGAUAAGGGGUCUUCAUACAUGCACUCCAAUCCUAAGGGCAUCGCCAAGAUAUGUAAAUAAGGUUGUCGUACUAUCAAAUAAAGCUUCGAUUUCCAAGAUUAGAUUUAGUAGUGGAAGUAUAUAUACAACAAUGGGUCACAGCCCAUUGUAUGGCAAUACAAUGGCAUCGCUAACGACCAAAUUUGCACAUAAUGGAUUACAACAUGGGACUUUCACAACUAAAAGACAUUUCCAUCAAUCUCAUUACAAGCUUUACAGCAUGGGAAAGAGGCCAUUCUUUGAAGGUCGGACCCCUGUCACAAUAUUUCGUUUGACCCCUAUGAAAAUAUUCCUAUUUGCAUUGACUUUCUACGUAAUGAUAUUUCUCUUAGUUCCAUUUAUACUAAGCAUUCUGUUACCUGCUGCUAUAUUAGGAUAUGCAUUUUUCCAAUACAGAAAAUGGAGAUUAAAUUGUGCCCUUAAAUUGUGGGUGAAUAGUCUCAUGAAAACGCAGAUGCACACUAAGUUUUCAACUUUUAACGGUUUAAGAUAUAGUAUCAUCAAUAGUGUUGAGAAGGACGCCCGUAGUCAAGUAUUUGGAUUCACCAAUACACCCAAUGGGCCGAUAUUUCGCGCAAUGAAUGACAUGACUAGGGAUUUGUCUACAGAAGCAUCUGAUAAAUUCAAGAAGUUUAUCGAAGCACGAGUUCUGGAGGCGUUUGUGAGUGACGAAGACGGGGUGAGAUCUGCUCUCGCCAGCGACCACACCUGGAAGCAAGCGAUAAAGACAUCAAGACCAUUGGGCAUCGAGUUUGGCAGAAUGGUCGAACGUUCCUUUGUGGCAAGAGACAAGAAGUACAUGACCUACGCGUUCCCACUCUCCAUAAACUCUCCAAGCGGCUCCCAGAGCCACCUCGGACGUGUCUCAAUAGUGGCAUGCCACCCACUCUCUGCUGGCUUUAACCCACCGGAUAAAACCAACUUAAAGUUAAUAUUAUGUAUCGAGAGCAACUCCAAACUGUCUCCCGACCUCUUCAUAAUAGACACCAACGGCAUGACUGGCGAGUUCUUCUCGAAGUACGAUGUCCAAAAGUUCAAAGACCACACAGAAUACACAGUUAAAAAGUAG